UCCUUAGUUCCACUCAUUGGAGCUCACGUCAGCUUGGCUCCUAAGCACGAAACUUUUCACUGCAUCCCAGCUCUCGCCUCCGUUACUUUUGCCAAUUCCAUAAAUGCUAAAUUUGGAAUUAAAACCAGACGUGAUUUAGGAGAGGACCGAACACAAGACUUUGCCUGGAACACAGCAAGCGAGAAACACGAGAAGGAGAAGGGGGCUCCGACUAUCAGCAGCCCGGAUCUACUUUCUGACUAUCAGCAGCCCGGAUCUACUUUCCAGCCCUAAACCCACGCAUCAAACUUCUGGGAACCGAUCUCUUGAACACAUAAUUGAUGUGAGUGAACACCUCCAACAUGAGACGCCACGCCUCUCCAGAGCUUUGAGCAGUUUUUAGAAUCCUUCAGAUGCCUUGUGGAUGAAGUCAGCUGCCCAAAUGACAAGUAUGGUUAACAGAAAGAGGAUCUUCCUAUGUAUUGUGCUUUGUCUGUCUCUGACUGCCCACUUCUUUUAUGUAAAGUCUCUGAUCUGCUUUCCUAAGGUACCCGCUACAACGUCUUGGGGGGCUCCCAUCGUGUGGGAGGGAGCCUACGACUCUGAGAAGGAAAAUCGAUUCCAUCAGAAACAAAGGACCGUGGUUGGACUAUCAGUCUUUGCUGUAAAUCAGUAUCUGGAAAGUUACCUCGCUGACUUCCUUGUUUCUGCCAAUAUUUACUUUAUGCCAAACCUCUCCUGCGUGUUUUACAUCCUCACCGAUCGCCCAGAUGAUGUGCCUGAUAUUAAACUGCGUCCCGGAGUUUCCAAGGUCAUCCUCCAGAUUUCCAAGAGAAGCCGCUGGCAGGAUAUCUCUAUGCUACGCAUGCAGGACUUGCUUGACCUUGUCUUACCUCGGGCUGUAGAGCAAGUGGACUACCUCUUCUGUAUGGAUGUUGAUCAGAUAUUCACUUCCAUUUAUGGCCCAGAGGUUCUUGGUGAUCUGGUGGCACAGUUGCACUCUGGCUUCUACUUGGCCAACAAAGAAGACUUCACCUAUGAAAGGGACCCUCGAUCUGCAGCCUACAUACCUCCAGGGAAGGGGCAGUUUUAUUAUCACGCUGCCAUAUUUGGUGGCACGCCGGCGCGUCUCGUUAACCUUACCUCCAGCUGUCUGAAGGGCAUCGUAAGGGACAAGGAGCACAAUGUGGAAGCAGUGUGGCAUGACGAGAGUCAUCUCAACAGAUAUUUUGCCUUGGAAAGGCUGCCACUGAAGAUAUUGUCACCAGAGUAUUGCUGGGACAACCGAUUGUGGUUGAAAUAUCAUAAACUGGUCUGGGCAAAAAAACUAUAUUCAAAAAUAAGAUUAUAACAUAGACAGAUGAGGAGGAGGAGUCAUGACAACCAAGUGACCAGAUCAUAUACCCAUAAGGAUCUGUGGAUUUGGGUACAAAACGAGGAAGGGUUUUGACUGGAGUUCUACUUUAAGCCUAAUAGAUUCUGAUUGGUUGCCAAUUGGCAACACCAACACUUUUCCUAUCAUAAAGGUAUCGGUUUUUGCUGGUCAAUGUAUUUCUAUGGGUAGGUUGCAUUUUUGCGCCA